GACUCUCUAGGAGGGCAGCGUCUCUAUGGUGGGGUGGGCGGGGCCAGGGGAAAGAUGGCGGCGCCCGUGGCAGCGGCGGAUUCCGGGACUUCGGGAACUCCUAAUCUCCCUGUGUGUCUGUUGGUGCUGGGAAUGGCAGGUUCCGGAAAAACCACUUUUGUACAGAGGCUUACGGGACACCUGCAUAGGCAAAGCUGUCCACCUUACGUGAUCAACUUGGACCCAGCUGUACACGAAGUCCCCUUUCCUGCCAAUAUUGAUAUUCGUGACACUGUGAAGUAUAAAGAAGUCAUGAAACAAUAUGGCCUUGGGCCCAACGGUGGCAUAGUGACCUCUCUCAAUCUCUUUGCUACCAGAUUUGAUCAGGUGAUGAAAUUUAUUGAGAAGGCCCAGAACACAUCUAAAUAUGUCUUGAUUGACACACCUGGGCAGAUUGAGGUAUUCACCUGGUCAGCUUCUGGGACAAUCAUCACCGAGGCCCUGGCAUCCUCAUUCCCAACAGUUGUCAUCUAUGUAAUGGACACAUCGAGAAGUACUAACCCAGUGACGUUUAUGUCGAAUAUGCUGUAUGCCUGCAGCAUCUUGUACAAAACCAAGCUGCCUUUCAUUGUGGUUAUGAACAAAACUGACAUCAUUGAUCACAGCUUUGCAGUGGAAUGGAUGCAGGAUUUUGAGGCUUUCCAAGAUGCCUUGAAUCAAGAAACUACAUAUGUCAGUAACCUGACCCGUUCAAUGAGCCUGGUGUUAGAUGAGUUUUACAGCUCACUCAGGGUGGUGGGUGUCUCUGCUGUUGUGGGCACUGGCUUCGAUGAACUCUUUGUGCAAAUCACCAGUGCUGCAGAAGAAUAUGAAAGGGAGUAUCGUCCUGAAUAUGAACGUCUGAAGAAAUCGUUGGCCAGUGCACAGAGUGAACAGCAGAAAGAACAACUGGACCGCCUUCGGAAAGAUAUGGGCUCUGUAGCCUUGGACACAGGGACUGCCAAAGAGAGCGGAUCUCCUGUUUUGGACCCCUCUGAUUUAAUCCUGACUCGAGGAACCUUGGAUGAAGAGGAUGAGGAAGCUGACAGUGAUACUGAUGACAUUGACCACAGAGUUACAGAGGAAAGUCACGAAGAGCCAGCAUUUCAGAAUUUUAUGCAAGAAUCAAUGGCACAGUACUGGAAGAGAAACAACAAAUAGGAGAUUAUAGGAAAUUUCAGUUGAUUCUAGAAGUCCCAGAUUCUGGGACUCCAUAUGAAGAAACUAUUCUUAUUGCUGAUUCAGGACUAGGAUGAAGAACAAUUUUCUUCAGAAUAGCAGAAUUUUUCUUUUGAGAGAAUCUUAUGACUCAGAAGAAGUCAGGGAGAUGAUUCUUGGAGCUGGCAGGUAGAUAUGUCAAGUCUGCCUUGGCCUUUCACUUAUAUUUAUGCAAGGAACGAUAUACUGACUGCUUUUGGAAGCUGACAUGCCUUCAAGCCUAAGUUUUAUCAUUUGAACUUAUAUACUUCUGCUGGUGAUAGAAUACAGAGAGAACUUAUCCUGGCAACCACUUUAGAUCUUAGCCUCUACUUCCCCAGCACCAUGUCCUCAGCUUAUAACCUGAGUUGUUCUUUUAGUAGAAAGGGAGAGGGGACACAUAAGCUUGUCCAGGGUAGCAGCGGAGUCUCCUUGGCAAGUCAGUGUUGUUAUGAAAUAUGUCUCACACUAGUAGCUCAUUAGAGGACACCAAGUUUGUUGAAGAAAGUGGGCAGAACGUAAGAUUUCUGAAUAAGAAUUCUCUUAAAUGGUAACUUGGAUAAAGAGUUUCUAAUUAUAACUUUAUUCUAAGCCUGCCUGCCUGUCAUGAUUUCAAAUUAGAAAAUUAUAUAGUAACAAAUAGAUUCCCUUGUAAUUGAGGCUUAAAUUCACAUGUCUAAACCUGCCUGUUAAGGUUGUGAUAUUUACUGAAGCUUCCCACAUAUGCAUAAGUGGAAACCAGGUACAGAGUCAGGCCCUGUUUGUAUUGACUUUGAAGUUAAUGCAGAGUAUCCUUGGUGAUUUAUUGAAAGGCUAUAGACUUUAGUCAGGUGCACAUUCCAUGCAUAACAACCAUUAUAAGGGUUUGGCUGCUGACUCAUUGGUUCUCAGAGCACAGUCUCUGGACCACCAGCAUCAGAAUCACUUGGGAAAUUGUUAAAGGCAUCUCAAAACCUACUGAAUUUGAAGCUCUGGGAGUGGGGCCCAGCAACUUGUUAAUAAGCCCUCCAAGUGAUUCUGAUGUACAUGAGUUUGAGAAACACUUCUCCAAUUCAAACAGCCUAUGAUAAUUUCAGGCUGGGUGAAUCAGGUACCAAUCUUCAUAUGAUUUACUUUAUCAAAAUAGCCUAAUUUUAACAUUCUAAACCAACAAAAGUUAUUUUACCAUUAACUACUAAUUUCAAUAUUCUGUACUUAGCAGGAACCAUUGAUCUAAAAAUUUGACUGGUUCUUUCAGGGGAAACCAUUAAUAAUAAAAGUCUUGAUUUUUCUCUGUA